CUGUUUGACACUUGAUUAUUUUCGAAAGAAAAUCUCAUAUAAUAAUUUGUAGAUUUUGUACGUUAGUUAAUAGUUCCUAUUAUAUUUCAUCAUUAAUAUAUUAAAAUCAGUGCCUAAAUUGAGGAAUUUAAUGUGGGGUUUAAAAAACUAUAAAUAGUUUAAUCACAACUUAGUUCUAGUUGGCAGUUUAGUCUAGAUCGUGAUGUUAGUUUAGCUCGUAUAUUUUGGGUAUAAGCAGUCAUGGGUAGGAGCCAAGAUCCUGCUUGGUCCAAGGGCACGGUCGCCCUGACUGCGGCCCGAGAACGUGGGGAUAUCGAACGCAAAUUCCAAAACGAUUUGACAGUGACCCGUAGUAUGAUAGACCGAUUGGGUCUCGAGAAGGAACUUCACGGGCACAUGGGAUGCGUGAAUUGCCUCGAAUGGAAUUACGAUGGCUCUAUAUUGGCGUCAGCUUCGGACGAUCUUCACGUCAUUUUAUGGGAUCCCUACCGAUACAAAGAACUGCACAAAAUUGCCACUGGCCACACAGGAAAUAUUUUCUCUGUGAAGUUUGUAUCCAAUGACACACUGGCAACUUGUGCGGCUGAUGGUACAGUGCGGGUGCGCACCACGGCUGGCACCUCGCUGCUGGAGUGCUCAUGUCACUGUGGCAGGGUGAAGCGUCUUGCUGCACCACCAGAUAACCCUAAUCUGAUAUGGUCUGCUGGUGAAGAUGGUGUUGUUAUUCAACAUGACCUUCGUACAAGCCACCGCUGCAACUCGGUGAACAGCAAUGUGCUGGUGAACCUGAUCAAGCACUUGGGGCGGUACGCGGAGGCGAAGUGCGUGGCGGUGAACCCUCGCCGGCCGUACCAGCUCGCAGUCGGUGCCAACGACUGCUACGCGAGACUCUAUGAUACCAGGAUGAUCAAGUUGUCUCGGGGACAUAUGAGUAGAGAGCAUAGUCGAGUGCCGACGUCGCAGAUACUGUUCGAGCGACAGAACGUGCUGUGCUCCCGCGCGGGGCUCGGCGACCCCGACAACGACGUGCCCAAGGCCGCCGUGCAGUACUUCGCGCCAGGUCACCUCUCAAUGGACGCCAACGAGCACACGUUCCCAAAGAAAGCGACCACUUACGUGUCUUUUAGCAACGACGGGAAUGAACUUAUUGUUAACUUGGGCUCAGAACAUGUUUAUUUAUUCGACAUAAACUCCGGUCGGAGGCCGAUAUUAGUGGAGAGCUUCAUAAUCCAGCACAACCACGGCAACAGGGAGGGCGAGGGUAAGCAGCCGCCGAAGAACGGUACCACCUCGCCCGCCAACGGCACCAGCGGCGCCGCCCCCGAGCCCCAGCCCCCGCAGCCGCCGCAGCCCCCGCUGCCCGACAGGAUACUGCAGCUCAAGGAAGCCGGCAACGAGCUGGUGAACAAGGGCGAGUACAUCGCGGCGGUGGACUACUACAACAGCGCCAUAGCGGAGUGCCCCGACCACGCCGUGCUCUACUCCAACCGCGCCGCCACGCUCAUGCGCAGGGGGUGGUCCGGCGACACGUACGCGGCGAUCAGGGACUGCUACCGCGCCAUCAAGCUGGACCCCAGCAACGUGAAGUCGCACUUCCGGCUGGCCAAGGGCCUGAUGGAGCUGAAGCGGCCGCGCGAGGCGCACGAGUGCCUGCUCUACUUCAAGGACAAGUUCCCGCGACACGCGGCGUCGCACGCCGUCUUCCUGCUGCAGAAGGACAUCAACCUGGCGCUCGAGAACAUCGAGACCCUGCCCGAUGAAGUGCGGGCGACCGUUGGCCCCUCCGCAGCCGAGGAGAGCGAGGAGGCGCUGAGCACGUCGCUGGCGGAGCGGCAGCUGCGCGCGGCGGCGCUGGACUACUCGGCGCGUCUGCUGGGCCACUGCAACACCACCACCGACAUCAAGGAGGCCGUCUUCCUCGGCCCGCGCGCCGCAUACGUCGCCGCGGGUUCGGACGACGGCAGCCUGUUCAUCUGGUGCCGCGCGUCGGGCAACGUGGCGCGCUGUCUGCGCGCCGACGAGUCCAUCCUCAACUGCGUGCAGAUGCACCCCUCGCUGUGUCUGCUCGCCACCAGCGGCAUUGAGGCCGUCGUGCGCCUCUGGAGCCCCCGCCCCGAGGACGGCGGCAGCGAGUCGCGCGUGGUGUCGGACCUGGAGGGCGCAACGCAUGCUAACCAGCAGCGCAUGCGCAGCGACCCCUUCGAGGCCAUGCUCUUCAACAUCAGCUUCGCGGGCGGCGGCGAGCGCGACACGCACCCGCCCGCCUGCCGCACCACAUAAAAGUGGGCGAGCGAGCCCCCGGGGCGCAGUCAGUGACGUCACAGCACACGUCACACUUGUACAUACAGAUAACAUAGAAAUACAACAUAUAUUUAAAUGGGUUCCCGAGACUAUUAUUUUUAGUUAGAUUUUUGUUGUAUGUAUAUUUUCAAUAAAUAUGGUGCCAAUAUUUUAUUUUGUUAGGAAGUAGGUGGAUUUUUUUUGUUUUGAAGACUCAGUAUAUAAUAGUGUACAUAACCGGAAUAUUUUAACAUGUAUGUUUUUGUAUUAUUGGGACCUUAUUUGCACUGAAAUCUAUCGACGGAAUGACGUUUAAGAUGCACUUUUACGUAAUAUUUUAAUAAAAAAUGAAUUAAAGUAAAUGUAAUAUAACGCAGAAUUGUAUGUAAGUUUGAAUAUUGAUUCUCAGCAAUUUGAAAUAUUUAAAUACCUCGUGUAUAACAAUAGAAAAUCGACCAUAACACCAAUGUAAUAGUUUUUAAAAUGCAAUUACGAUAUUUCUGAAUAAAUCUGUAAGAAAUAAACAGUUUUUAGCUGUCUAGUUAAUAAUGCCAUCCCUUAUAUUCUCUUUGAUAAAAGUGCAGCUUUGUUUUGUCUCUUUCUUGUGCCGAGUGUGCGAGCGAGAGCGGAACAAACGAUAGACGCGAUCGGAGUAAGCGUUCGGCUUGUGACGUCAUCGCAUUUUAACGACUUUUUAGUUUUUGGUUUUUGAUUCUAAAUUCAAAUUCAUUAUUUUGACAAUUUUAAAUUGUUUGUGUUUUGUUUUUUUUUUA